AUGCAAUCGCAUGUUUCAUACCCAUGCAGCAACGGCGUACGCUACACCCGCAGCUCAUUGGCUUACUUGCUUGUCAAGACCGCCGCCUCACACCGCUCCCCUGUGAUCAUCGAAGACAUGUCGGCGACCCGCAGCACUGGAUUCGGUCCGACGCCUGCAACAAACAGCAUUAUCGACGCUUUCAAGAAAGCUCCGCAAAAAGAGCUCACAUCUGGAACGUUCACAGAGAACACGGCCGCAGCCAGCAACGAGAACGAUCGACUGUCCUGCACGCACGGCAACCACUGCAUCGACGACAGCGCCGGCAGCGAGCCCGAGAUCUUCGACGAGAACCACCAAGCAACAACGACCACGCCAUGCCACAGGAGAUUUCGCUUCGCAUCUGUCGACCUGUUGGACACCUGGAAUUACUGUGCGCAGGCUCCGGAAAAGAAAGCUUCCAUCGAGAAGAAUCAUGAAGGAACAGAAGAUCAGGUCGAAGGAGAGACGUCAGAAGCCCACCUGACCUUUGCAGAACCGCCUGCGUGUGUGAAGGCCGGGCAGUUCCGCUGCAUGUCUGCCAACCUGUCGCACCCGUGCACAGGCUCCAGAAACGAAAACCUGCAUCGAGAAGGAGCAUCAAAGAAAAGAUCAGGCCAGACAACCACCUGCGGAUGUGAAGGCAGGGAAGUUCCGCUGCAUGUCUGCCAACCUGUUGGACUCGCGCUGCCAACCUGCCGGACUCGUGCGCAGGCUCCGGAAACGAAAGCUUCCAUCGAGAAGGCCACACAAGAGGCUCCGAUGCCUUGUCUGGGGGAACGAAUCAUGAUCAUCAAAGAGCCAUGGUUGCAACUCAUCCUCAACAAGCUGAAAACGAUGGAGAUUCGAUGCAGUCCCGCCGAAUUGGGAAAGACAUGGCUGGCAUUCGAUGGCCAAGUGUUCGGCGCGGCAUACAUCUCUAACUGCGUCCAGAUCACACGUGAGGAGUUCGAAGCCACCAGGGAGCAGCACCAACACUUGGGAGACAUGCCCCCCCACGCAAGGGUCUACGCGCUCACGCUGCAGAACAUCGUCCGACUGGAGUCGCCGGUCCCGCACUACCGACCGCCAACGACAGCACCCUGGACGAUCUUUCGCACCGAGCCCGCCGAGAAGGCAAUCAGAGGGCCCAAAAGGAAGAGAGCCCUCCAGGCCUCACAAGAAGGGACUUCAGUCCUGCCGAUUCAGGGCAUGACCCUCCACGAGACCCCGUCAGAACAAGAAGUAGAAAGUCCGACCUGCUCCGUCAUCUCAACGCCAAACAAAGAUGACGAGAAAGACGAGCCCACGGCCAAAAAGCAAGAUGCGAAGGACAAAGACAACAAGAACGAGUCCUGA